UGUUGAAUAUAUUUUGCUAUAGAAUCUGAAAAACCAUUUCAACGAUUUGUCAUUCAAAAACUCAUAAGUUUGGAACUAAAACUAAAUUCAAUUGAAAAAUGUCAAAAACUCAUUCUACAGAAAGUUUCAAUCGAAACUUUGGAUACGGAAAAAAAGGAAAUAAUAGAUAUCUUUCAAGAUCUGUCAUUAAAAAAUGAAAAUAAUCUAUAAACAAUGGAAAUCAAAUUAGCUAAUGAUUUAGUGUAUCAAAAUCAGAUAGUUAAACAAUUAGCUCACGUUAAUUGCCAAGAUCUGAGAAUUUCUUGUGUACGUCUAAUAAAAACAAUUUUUACAAACGAGCUGGCAGUAAAUUAUAGUUGGUACGGCGCCAAGAAAAAAGUAAACUUUUCCAAAUUGCACAUAUGCAAAGUUAUUAUGAGUGCAGCAAGAAAACUUCAUACAAAUGCCACAGACAAACAAAUAGCAGCUCCUAUAAAAAUAUGGUUGGCUCAUGCCAAAGAACGCAUGCAAAGGCAAACGAUUCUUGAAGGAACAAAAGAAAGAGAAGAAAAAGAUGCUCGGAGAAACAGACGUGAAGAAGAAACGGAGGAAUGUGAAGAACAAGAAAGAGAAGAAUCCCCUUAGAAAGGGAUCAAUUAUCCACAGCCGAGAGAGUACAGUUUAAAUAAACUAGUGUUUAACCACAAUGUCUGUGGAAAAGACUAGAAAACUUCUAACAUUUUUUUCAAACAUUGUUUUACCUUACAAACUCAGGUAUUUUUCAUGGAAUUUUAUUUGAACUUACGGAAUUGUUUCAAAAUUCUCUUUUUACAAUUUUCUCUAAUUAUUUUUUAUAGUUUGUAUAUUGCAAGCAUUGGCCGUCUGAUUAGCCAAGUUUUUUUUUAAUUAUAUGGCUUUAUUAAAUUACAAUGUAUAAGAUUCAAUGUUUAUAAUUA